GUGAUAAUUUAAAUAAUAAUUAUUGUUAAUUAUAAAUUAAAAAGUGACUGGUAUAAGUAAUUAAAUAAAAUUAUUACUUUCAAAAAAAAAAUAAUCAUAAUUAUCAAAUAUUUAUUGCAAUUAAAUGAUUAGGAUUAAUGAGAAAUUAUUGAUUAUAAUGACGUGUAAAAAAAGGGAAUUAAAUGAACAGGGUGUGGAAUGAACUGAAUACGUUACUUAUUAACAGUUUAGAUAAUAUUGAAUUGCGGGGGUGGAGAUACUGGAGAUAAAUCAGAAAACUAGAUAAGAUAUAAGAUAGAAUUGUUGAUCGUUCGGUUUUCAGUUUAGUUCGUUUAGUUUUAGUUCAGAGUUCAGUUUCUUGAGUUGAGUGUAAUACACUCAUUACUUUUAAGAAAGUGAACACUCUUGUUAUAAAUAUAUAGAUAUAAAUAUAAAUACAUAUUUAUAUACAUGCAACUGUUAGUAUUAGUGUUAAGUAUGAAAUAUAAGUAAAAAUAAAUGACUAGAACUGAAUUUAAUUUCGAGUAUUAUUGACAAGAGGUUAAAGUGUGUGUUAAUUAUUAGCUCUAUAAUUAUUGUAAUUAAUAAUUUAUUUUGCACAUUCAAUUCCCGAUAUUUUCAUAUUUUUUAUUUUAAUACUUUUGGAUAAAUAUUAAAAAUAAUGGAAGUCGAGCCAAUAUCACAUGGAAUAAUAUUUAUUCCUCUAUCAACAGAUUCAUCAUCAGAUGCCGUUGCAUCGAUUAAAUUUAAUCAAACUUUAAAUUUACAAUCGUUACCAUUGGUAGCAUUACAAAAUGAGUCUACAGAAAAAGUAUCCCAACUAGAACGAGUAAUAGAACCAGAAAAAAAACCAGGAUCCUUACCAGAGUCAGAAUCAGUAAUGAGGCUGUCAAGUGACAAGGAAGGCCUGGCAAAAAUAAAACAGACUCCUGACAAAACAAAAGGGUGUCCGAUACCCACAUGUUCGCGAUACCAACGUGCAUUUUCACGUGCUCAUGAUUUGAAACGUCACAUGGCACGUCACGAAGCUAAAUUGCAACGUUACAAUGAGACCCAGCCAUCUGAUGUACGUACUUGUGGUCAAUGUGGUGAUAAUUUUCUCAAUAACUCAAUACUGCAACGUCAUAUUAAUUCCACACACCCAAUAAAACAUAGUGAUGUUAAUAAUUCUGUUCAUACCAAUGCAAAUAUUGGUAAAGAUAAUAAUUUACAAAAUAAUGAUAGCCGCGAUAUUAUUUAUGAGAAUGCCGAGUACUCAAGCAGGCUUGAAGAAAUUAAAUUUGAUAAUUCUGGUCAACUAGACAGUCAUCCUGUUACUGAUAAGAAAUCAACGGAAAAUAAAUCUUCUCUCUGCGGAUUAAAUUUCCAAAAUGAAGAAACACAGACAGGUCACUUGAAAGAACAUUCAGCAAAACUCCAGCUCGAGUUACCGAAUUCUCCGGAUGUCCAGUCGAAAGAAAAAAUAGCCGAUGAUUUUUCAUUAGAAGAAUUACUGCUACUAAAAAAUCCACGGGUGCUCACAAAGACCAGAUCUGAGUCAAAGUCUCCGCUGGAUAAAGACAAAAUAAGGUGCAAUUACUGCGCGAAGACGUUCAAGACCCAGUGGACAUUAAACACGCACGUGGCAGCACACGAAGGACGUUAUCAGUUUUCCUGUUCGAUUUGUAGUAAAAAGUUUGUUAGGAAAAGUCACUUCAAUAGUCAUUUACGGUCACACGAAGCUGCUCGUCCGUAUGUGUGCGACAAUUGCGGCAAAGCGUUUAAAGAAUUGAAACAUCGGCGGGAACAUAUGAAACGCACGCACAAUAAUAACAAUAAUAAUAUUAAUAAUAACAACAACAAUAAUAAUAAUAAUAAUAAUAAUAAUAAUAAUCGUAAUGCAAUACAAAAUUUACUAGACAGUAUAAGUGCAUCGGUAAUUGCUGAAGACACAAUUUGUGACGAACCAAAAUUAACUUUACUUAUGCCGAUGAAUUUUUCUAAUUAAUUUAGUUAAUUAAUUAAUUUAUUUGUUAAUAUUUAUAAAAAAAAAUAAAUAAAAUUGUUUAUAUAUUUAUGAAUAAAUAAUUAAU